AUGAUGACCCUACGACGCUCCGCUCGUCUAACCGCAGCGUCAGUAUCCAAGAACAACAGCACCACCAGCAGCAGCAGCACUAUCCCACAUCUGCAACCCAGAACUCAAACAAAGAGAGCAGCCAGCAGAACCACAAACGGUGUCUCAAAGACACGAAAGCCUGCAGCAGCAGCAAGGGGCAAGAAAGCGCAGCUAAAUGCGAAUCCCAAGCUGGACCAAGCUUCUCCCCUCACAGAUGCACCAACGACAUCAUCAUCGCACUCAAACAACAGCAGACAAUCACCUAAUACUACCACUACCACUACCACCACUACUAACAACAUCUGGGACCCCAUCCCCACCCCCAGCAGCAGAACAACCCCUCCCCCACUCGACCGACCCGUCGAACCGCACCACACCAACGCAACGCUCCUAACACCCCACGGCUCAUCACUAGUCGCCUACCCCCCAGGCACAGAUGCAGAUGCCUCCCCAAGCAAGACAGGCCGGCCCCGUCCCACCGCCACAACAGGCACGCUUCUCGAGCAAGCAGCCGCACACCUGAUCGCCACAGAUCCGCGCCUCGAAUCGCUCAUCCGCGAACAUCCCUGCCCAUUGUUCACGCCGGAGGGUCUAGCCGAGGAGAUCGAUCCGUUCCGGAGUCUCGUUAGCAGUAUCAUUGGACAGCAGGUGUCCGGGGCAGCGGCGAAGUCGAUCAGGGAUAAGUUUGUGGCGCUGUUUAAUACCAACACCAAUGAUAAUAAGAAGGAUGAAAACGGUGGUACAAUUAGAACAAGCUUCUUUCCCACUCCGGAAGACAUCAUCAAAAAGGAUAUCACCACGCUCCGGACAGCAGGUCUGUCCCAGCGCAAGGCGGAAUACAUACAUGGAUUAUCGGAGAAGUUCGCCAACGGGGAACUGAGUGCCCGGAUGUUGUUAAAUGCUAGUGAUGAGGAGCUCGUGGAAAAGUUGACUGCUGUGAGGGGUCUGGGUAAAUGGUCUGUGGAGAUGUUUGCCUGCUUUGCUCUGAAACGCAUAGAUGUGUUUUCCACGGGGGAUUUGGGUGUACAGUAUGUCCCUUUUUUCCUAUUAUCUGUGGGCGGUGAUGGGUGUGAUGGGUGGAUGCUGACUUGUUGCAGGAGAGGAUGUGCGGUGUUUGUGGGCAAGGAUGUAAACAAGCUGAAGGGAAAGGGUGGCGGUAAGUUCAAGUAUAUGCCUGAAAAAGAUAUGUUGGAGCUGGCGGCGAAGUUUGCUCCGUAUAGGUAUGUGGUGUUCUUUGAUUUUUUUCAUCGGGUUGUUGUCUGA